UGCCCCUACCUCAUCCCCACUCUGUCCAAAGCUGCGCGAAGCGUGGUCGUUCUCUCUGUGAACGCAGUAUAGAAGACGCACACGGGCACACGUAUUUACGGCGCGUUUCUUGCGUUCUGUGGUUUCUUGUGUGCGGGAGUGCGCGCGCGCGUGGCCGAACGGAUAUCUUGAUCGGAUUGUUCGAGAGAACUUCCGAAAGAUGCUUCGCGCACGUUUAUGAGGACAGUUCGUCAGAAGUUGAAGAAUCUCGAUGAGAAGCGAUGGAGGCCGCAGAAGUCGAAGACGAUUGUACCCUUCCUUUGGCUUUAGAAGAUGAUCUCGUCGAAGACGAUCCCAUCGUGAAAGAGAUACCAGUGUACCUUUCCAAGACUUUGGCGGAAAACUUGUACAUCGUUCAGUAUCCCGCAUAUAUGAAGAAUGGCUGCACCAACGCCACCUUCUCCAAGACCUUCGUCAAGCCUGAAAAUCAGAAGAUUCGCGCAGAACUGGCAAUAGAUACGACGAAUAAGCAAUCCUACGAUGACAGUAUGGGAAAGCAGUUCGCUGUCAACACAGACGAGAGGUCUACGGAGAACGACGGCGAGAAAACAUUUGAUAGAAUCUCUUUCAGCGGCUUGAUGGACAAAAUUGUGUUGACCUCGGAACGGACGUUGUCGCAUUGCUCCAAUUUCGCAGCCGGGAUCUUUCAGGACGGCGAGCUGCAUCUCACACCGUUGAAGGCGAUGCUGCAUAUGAAGCUGCAGUGCGAUUAUCUGGACGAGAACGAGAAGCACGUCAGGGACGGGACGAAGGGCGCGGGAGAAGACGACAAUGAGGAGGAGGAUAAGGCCACGUCGGUGAAGGUAAAAUUCGCUAGGCAUCUGUCGGACAACCUGAAGAAGCUGCAGGAACAGUCCUUCCAACAUCACUACAAAAAAAGCCAGGAGGAGAGUUGGAUACUUACGAAUUACACGCCGGUUUACGACACGCAGGCCGAGUCGACGCGGAUGGAGAUGUUCUGCCCAACCGAAGACUCGAUAAACUCCCUCAAUUUGGCCAAGGAGAAUUAUCUGGAUCAAUUGGUACCUCAGUUACCUGAAAAGUGCUACUCUGAAUCCACCAUCGUGAAUCAGACGGAUCUUCACUACGUCAGGACCUUGACUUUGCAGGAGCAAAUCAAAAGAAUUAUGAAGCAAGUGAAAGUCGUAUCCUUCAAAAGGCUGUGCGAAAUCUUACCGCCAAAACAGGACACACAACUAAUACUCAAGUAUUUGCAGCAAGUGGCUAUGCUGGUGCAGGGUAACUGGGUUGUGAACAGCGAAUUGAUAUACACCAAAGAGAAUAAAGAGGAUAAGUUCCCCGAGAUUAUGUGUAAUGCUCGUGAUACUAUUUUAUUAUCGUUUACCAAGCAUCUAUUUCUCAAACGCAAUAUGAUUUCGUCCGUCGUCAAAUUGUCGCCGGAAGAGAUUAGUGAAAUUUUCGAGGAUCUUGGAACAACCGUAUCGAAGAAGGGUUGGCAGCUGAAAGAACCACCCGACUGGGACUUCUGUAACAAAUUUACCGAUAUCGUCCAGCGGCAAGAAAGAUUUUGGGAAGCAAAGAGAAAACAUCGCGAAACGAUGGAGGCGCAGAAUCAGCCACCGCAGCGCCAGCGCCGAAAGUCAAACCGGGAGUCGUUGGGCUCGGAAAACGAGGAGAGAAACGUCGGCCGUGGCCGAAAGUCAGUCAAGGAGCCAUCGCUGUCGGAUAACGAUGGUGCGAUGACUGAGCCGGCUAAGCACAAAAAAAGUCGUUCCAGAAAAAUAUCGGAGACCACCACGUGACCAAAAGCGAUACAGCGAGAUAGUUUAAAGUUUCCUUUUUCGCCCAUCUUACCAAUCGUCACGUUAGAUCGAAUUAUGAAUCAUGACAUUUUUUCGCAGUACGAUCAGCCUAUAUCGCAAGCCGACUUUUCCAGAGAUAUAUUUAAAGCACGUGUCCACAAACAUUAAUUCCUGAUUAAUGCAUAAGUGUGGUAUAUUACUGACAUAUACGUAUUGCGCUAUGCAUGUAUUGCACGUAUACGCGUACGCGCAUUUGCGUGUGCAUGCGUGCGUAUAUUUGUAAUAUAUUACACACACACAAAUUUAGGAGAUAAUUAAGAUGUAACAUACUAUAUUCGUACGUAUAAUGUUUCCCUUAAUUACGGUCUAGACAUUCUGUAGAUUCUGACCAGAAAUUAGCAAGGAUUUUAGUACACAUAUACAUACAUUAGAGAUAAUUAAAUUGAAGUAAUAUAAUUGAACUUGGUAUAGAGACAAACGCAUACUUUGAGUAUGACUGAGCAGCUUUGCCAGCGACAUACUUUUCGUUCUUGCAUUGUCACGCGUACACGCUCGCACACACAUGUACAAGUUUUAUGUAUAUAUAAAAUCUAAAAAAAAACUUACACAUGCAUAUAAAGUUCUAUAGAAAUGUAUUGUAAUAAUGUUCCUGAAUGUACUAUUUCGUAAACGCUUGUUGAUUAUGGAUAUUAAUUGUUAGCGUAAAUAUAUUCGUGAUAUCAUUUCGUGUUUUAUCCUUAAGUAUACUUUGUAUAUCUUUGUUUAGGAGAAAUAAAUUUGAGUCUUUUAAGAAAAACUGAUUAAACAAUUAA